UCGCAACCUAGUUGUCGAAUUAAAAAAUAAAUCAUGUUUUUUUUUAAUUUUGCCGUGUAUAUCCGAUCCCUCUUUGAUCAACCUGUAAAAUCCCUAAGUCCUUAUUCAUCGAGCUUCUCCUCUCCUUCUCGGUUUCCUCCGGCCAGCAUCGCGGCAGCCGAAGAAGCAAAGGAUUGACUCUAUGGCCACCACGGGGAGAUCUAUGCUCUACUCGUUACUUUCAUUUGCCAUCAUUCUCUCACUUCUGGAAAUGUACAGAGAGAAAUUGGCAUCCUCUGAGUUGUUGACAAUUCUUGGGGGUUUUGUUAGUUCCCUAUUGUUUCUUUUGAUGCUAACGUUCAUUGGCAACUAUCAAGAAUCAUCUGGAACAAGGACAGGAUGGGGUGCUGUUGCAUUGGCGGAAAUUGUUGCCCUUGUUGCUGCUGCUACAGUUCAUCGUGUUUGCAUCACCACAUGCUUCUUAUUUUCAGCUGGUCUUCUGUAUGAAGUUCACCAGCUCUCGGGAAUGGUGCCCACACAAAAUAAACCCAAAGGGAAGCGUUAUUGACUACAAGCGUGCGGAAAUCCACAGGUUGUACAAUCAGUUAAGCGGCGAUAAACAUGUUGCUGGUCAUCUUGUUGCUUGAGCUUUUUAGAGAUUAUGCAGGACAUCAAGUUUUCAAAAAAGGUACUGUUUCUGAUUGAUUUCAUAUCACUGAACUUGUUUUGUCACGUUGAAUAGUCAUCCUUCUGAGGCUUGCAGAAUAGAUGGCAUAAACAUUGCUGUUGUUGCUGAGGUCUGUAGUAGUAUUUUGUUACUAUAAAGGUUUUUUUUUUCUUUUAA